AUGCAGGCUUACCUGCAGACGGUGGUGAAAUAUGACAUGCUCUCCCACAGGUGGCUGCUCGAGGGGGAGCCCAGCUUCAAGGACAUGAUGGACGGAACAGCCGCCAGCACGGCAGGCUACCAAAAACUUCGGAACUUUUGCGAGGUUUCUCGCAGUGAGUUUGUCUGGUCCGACACCUGCUGCAUCGACAAGAGAAGCUCUUCCGAGCUCCACGAGCUCAUCCAGUCCAUGUUCAAGUGA